AUUAGCGGAUAAUUAAUUUCUGAUUUGCCGUAGCCGGUAGAUGCUGUUUUUUUUUUUUUUGAACUUUUCAAUUGCUGACAUGAGCUCUUCGACGGAGGCAAAUCAAAUCAAAUCAAAUAAAUAGCUGAAACUGUUGUUCUUCUCUUCAACCUAAAACUCCAGCUCAGGAUCCGAAUUCCGUAGUAUGAACCCAGAGUCUGCGGAUUCCUCAUCUCAACCCCUCGCUAAAGCUUCUGAUGGUGAAACUCCUGCUGAAGCCACUGAUGUUAAACCGCCAGCUAACACUAGUGACAACAAACAUCAAGCAAAAGCUAAUGAGGUUGAACCUCCUGCCAGAGCUGUUGAUGUUGAGCCUCCAAAGGCUGGUGAUAAUCCACCCACUGUCACUGCAAAAACUAAUUCCUCGCAUGAUUCCCCACCAUCUGUGUUAUCCUCCACUGCCAUAUCUUCUUGGGCGAGGAAUUUGAAAUUUCCACAGCCUGUAGCACCGCCGCAAGACUCUCAAGCUGGAAAUACUGGGACUUCGGCUUUUGCACGCUUCACCAGUGGGCUUGGACUGCGGUUGCAAUCAAUGAGUCUACCACCGGAUGAUAGUGCAGCGCAUACCUCUACAGCGACACAAGCUGUUCUUGAAUCAUUCAAAAAGGGUAUAGUUGAUUCAUCUCGGAGUGCAGUGAAGGCAGUGCAGGUCAAGGCACGCCAUAUUGUCUCCCAAAACAAACGAAGAUACCAGGAGGGAGAGUUUGAUUUGGAUAUGACUUAUAUCACUGAGAAUAUAAUUGCUAUGGGGUUUCCUGCUGGUGAUCUAAGCUCAGGGCUUUUUGGAUUCUUUGAGGGCUUCUAUCGAAAUCACAUGGAAGAAGUAAUCAAGUUUUUUGAAACUCAUCACAAGGGGAGAUAUAAAGUGUACAAUUUGUGUUCAGAGAGGUUGUAUGAUGCAUCACUAUUUCAGGGGAAGGUUGCAAGUUUCCCAUUUGAUGACCACAAUUGCCCCCAACUUCAACUCAUAAAAUCCUUUUGUCAAAGUGCAUACUCAUGGCUGAAGGAGGACAUAGAAAAUGUGGUGGUUGUUCAUUGUAAAGCUGGUAUGGGAAGGACGGGAUUAAUGAUUUGCAGUCUUCUUUUAUUCCUUAAGUUCCUUCCGACAGCUGAAGAGGCCAUCGAUUACUUCAACCAGAAAAGAUGCAUAGAUGGGAAAGCUCUGGUUCUCCCAAGUCAGAUUAGAUAUGUCAAAUACUUUGGGCGUAUCCUAAGCCAUUUCAAUGGAGAAAAUCAGCCUGGACGUAGGUGCAUGCUUAGGGGGUUCCGGCUUCAUAAGUGUCCCUACUGGAUUAGGCCAUCUAUUACUAUCUCUAAUCACAGUGGAAUUUUGUUCUCUACAAGAAAGCAUCCAAAAACGAAGGAUUUAAUGCCAGAAGAUUUCUGGAUUAAGGCACCUAAGAAAGGGAUAGUGGUUUUUGCUCUGCCCGGGCAGCCUGGUCUCACAGAAUUGGCGGGUGACUUCAAAAUCCAAUUUCAUGACCGUCAAGGAGAUUUCUACUGUUGGUUAAAUACAACAAUGAUAGAGAACAGAACAAUACUGGACACCUCAGAUCUUGACGGUUUUGACAAGAUAACUGCGCCUUAUCCUGGAUUCAAGGUUGAACUGGUAAUGGUAGACUAUGACGGUAUACCACAAUCAAAUUCUAAUACUAAUUCUGUCAACAAAGAAACUCAGGGUAACUCCAGUUACACAAAGGAUGGAGUCACAGCCCGUUCAAAACAUAGCAAAGUUUCUGGAAAUGAAGACAAUGAUGACGUAUUCUCAGACAGCGAUGGGGAGGAAUCAGGGGCUUCAAGGAGUCGGCAGACUCAAGCUGCUGCUGGAGUUGGACCUGCAGUCUCCAGUCAUCUAACUAACCCUGCAGCUGAGCAAAUAGGGAUGUCCACGCAUGGAACUCAUCAACCAUCAGUCAAAAAUCAAGAGCCAGCGUUGAGCAAUGCUUCCAAAGACGUAAGCAUUAAUGGAGCAGGCAAGCCUUCCUCAGGACUUGAGAUCCCCAAUCUGGACUCCAUGGGAGCAAGUGACAUCAAAGCGAUUGCUGCUGAUGCAUCAGUCUUCAGUUUUGGGGAUGAAGAAGAAGAUUAUGAAAGCGAAUGAAGUCACGAAGCAUUGUUGAGAGUGUUGCAUAAAGGGUUCAUUUUCCAUUGGGCAGCUCGCAAAAUUGGAACAUAAAAUUCCCACCCCACUCCACUGCCAAAUAAAAUAAGCCUUUCAAGCUGUUUCACCGUUCAGGCACAUAGGCCGUAAUUACUUGGAAAUCUAGAUCAGGC